UUGACAACAGAGUUGGCGGCACAUGGCAACGCAGACUCCGUGCACCUUGACUUAUGAUAACGGUGCUGGCAACGAUCAAAAUAAUUUCAUGGCACCGUGUUGGAUUUACUGAAAAGAAACAGAGAGCAAGUAGCGUUUGAUCAGUAUGGCGAGUGUGAUGGCGGGCCUGCUACCAGAAACGCAGGGGGUGCAGUUCACGGCCAGACCAGCACUGAGGACACGGGAGAGUCUGGCACUGAGGGCACCAUCACGCGCUGGACGCCCCGCAGCCAUGGGGGCAGAUCACCCUGUCACAGCCAGAGCAGGCAAUGCGGCCAUGUCCAGUAUUGAGAUUGAGGCGCAGCUCCGGGAGAAAGUCCGCCUCAAGUUCGACAGUCUGAAGCAGGCCUUCCAGACGUAUGAUGUGGACCAGAACUUGAGUAUAACCAAGGGGGAGUUCCGGCGAGUUCUGGAGUCGUUCUGCUUCCCCCUCACAUCAGAGCAGUAUGAAGCCGUUCUAGUCAAGGUGGAGCGUAACCCCAAUGGAACUGUGCGUUAUCAGGACUUCCUGGAGAAGUUCCAUGGGAAAGGCAGCACCGGCAGCCGUGAGAAGUGGAUGAGUGGCCAGCAACGGUACGCUCACCAGCCUCCCACUAAGGAGAUCAACAUGGAUGUUGUGGAGAGGAUGGUCAGAGAGAAGCUGAGCGGCAACUUGAAGGCGGUGAUCAAGGCCAUGCAGCUGUUUGACUACAACAUGGACGGCAAGAUUCAGCGGCAUGAGCUACGCCGGGUGCUGGAAAACUACUGCUUCAAGUUCACAGACCAGCAGUUUGACAAACUGUGGCAGAGGUAUGACUUCCACCACACAGGGACGGUGAACUAUAAGGAGUUCCUGCAGCGGAUGGGGGUCACGCCACAGAGGCCCAACAGCAAGCCUGCCCCAGGGGUACCAGGAGCACUGACCUGGCCAGCCAUGACUAACCAUGACAAGCAGCAGGUGGGAGGUCUGUCCGACUUCCGCAUCCGCAACCAGCAGCAGCGAGACCAGCAGAUGCUCAACCAGAUGACCUUCACUCAGAUUGAGAUGGAGUUCAGGAACAGGAUGAAGACCAACUACGUUAACCUGAAGAAAGCCUUCAUGUCGUUUGACAAGCAUCUGGAUGGGUUCAUCUCCCUGGACGACCUGAAGGCCAUCCUCACCAACUUCACCAUCCCCAUGUCCGACCAGCUAUUCAGUCAACUCAUGGAGAGGUGUGGUGUGAAGGGAAGCCACAAGAUAUCCUGGGAAAUCUUCUUGGAAAAGUUCCAGAAUCCAUGGAUGGUCGGAAAUGGACAAACACUGCCCAUCAAACCUAAUCACAAGUUCUUCCCCAUCAUGGAGACGCAGAAGAUGAUGGAGGCUGAUGACAUCUGGUACCAGCUGUACCGCCACGUCCAGUCUAACUACUCCUCCUUCAAGAGUGCCUUCCUUGAGUUUGAUGGGAAUCGGAAUGGGCGGAUCACAAGAAAAGAGCUGCGUCGUAUCAUCGAGAAAUUUGCGUUCCGCCUGGAUGAGGAACAGUUCAGGAAAAUGAUGGUGACGUUAGAUCCUCACCACAGCAACAGCAUCUCCUACCACAAGUUCCUCGACUUCUUUGAGGAGAAGGAAACCAAGGAAGGACACAAGUGGUUAAACUCUUGUCACAGAGUUAACGAGCACCAGCAGCCUGCAAUAUUAGCAUGGGAAACUGUAGAAGAUUUAUUACGGGCAAAGAUCUCUGAGCACUGGAAGACUGUAGCCGAGGCAAUAAUAUGUUAUGACCACAGAGCUGAGGGAGUUAUCUCCCCUGUCAACUUGAAACGUGUAAUUGAUGAUUAUGUUUUACCUGUGUCUGAGGAACACUUUCAACAUCUGCUGCGUCGCUGCACGGGUCGGUCAGAUGGAAUGGUCAGCUAUGUGGAGUUCCUGCAGGGAUUGGACAUCGACAUCAUCCCCGGCGACAUCAACGGCCUCAGCACACAGAUCAACGACAGUAGUGAAUUCACAGAGCUACAGCGCCAGGAGGGCCAGAGAGCAAGACAACACAUGGCUGAUGUUCACGCCUUCAACAGAACGGGAACAAUGUCAGCAGAGGAAGUGAUAGCAAGGCUCAAGGACAGACUCAGUCAGCACCAUGCUGGCGUCAGGAAAGCAUUCCGCAACUUUGACAAGAGAGGCAGGGGAAAAAUAUCGAAGAAGGUUUUCAGACAGGUGUUAAUAACCUUUGGAAUAGUGAUGACCGAUGAGCAGUUCAAUGUCCUUGUGUCCAAGCUGGACUUCCACGGCGGCUUCAUGAACUACUCCGACUUCCUGGCCAGUUUCGAUGACCCCCGCCCAGGCGGUGCUGGGCAGGACAUGAUGCGGACAGACAAUCACCACGUCAACCCCAUCAGAGGGGACGAAUACGGCAUGAGUGCACUCGAAGUUGAGUCCAAACUCAGGGCGAAGCUUAGAGAAAACUUUGCUGACUUGAGGGGAGCCUUCUACAAGUUUGAUGAUAAUCACACUGGCAGUCUGAGGAAGAACAACUUCCGUCGCAUGCUGGACGCAUUCAUGUUGGUCAUGACGGACGAGGAGUUUGAGAAGCUGUGUAACAGGAUGGGCAUCUCAAAGGACAGCCGCAUCACCUACCAGGAAUUUCUGGACCGGUUUGAGGUCCGGGACACAGAAGACGGACACCAGUGGCUUAACUCUGUACACAUGUACAAUAAUGUCCAGCCAGCCAAGCCCUUCACAGCGGAGGAGGCCCAUGAGAUGCUGAAGGUUAAAGUCCACCGGCAAUGGAGUGAUCUUGCUGAUGCGUUCCUCAAGAUGGACAAGAAAACAGGGAAGGGGUUGAUCCGGCGCCAGCAUCUCCGGGAAGUCCUCUACAAGUUUGUCCUGCCCAUGACUAGAGAGGAGUUCAAGAAACUCUGGGCAAGGUAUGACGAGGAAGGGAAAGGGUACAUAUCUCACCAGGACUUCCUCAGGAAGUUGGGGGCGGAGAAGUUCGGGCCAAUGGACGAGGGGUUGAGCAUGACAAUCAUCGAUGAGAGCAGACGUCAUCUGGAGGAGCACAACAGAGCCCAGCAGAUGAAGCAUGAGGACAUCACCCAGAAACAGGCCAGUCUCGGCAGCGGCAUGACGGCAGAGUGGGUCGAGAGGCAGCUGAGGGACCGGAUCAGGGACCACUACUCCGACUUCCACUCGGCAUUCCGCAAGUACGACACCAGGAAGAGGGGUUGGCUGUCACCGACAGAGAUACAGAAGGUGCUGGUCGACCUCAACUUCUUCAUCAGUGAUGACGAGUUUGACAGGCUGCUGGAGAGGCUUGGACUACACAACGACAGGAGCCGAUUGGACUACGGCAUGUUCCUCAAGGCAUUCCAAGAUGGCCGCAAGUCCUCUUAUGGCAAGAGGCAGCAAGAUGUCACUUUUGAGGAACAUCAAGGUUUGAGUCCACACGAUGCAGAGACCAAGCUACACAAUAAGAUGAGGACACAUGGAGACGCUAUUGGAAGGGCAUUUGCAGCAUUUGACAAGCAGGAGAAGGGUAAGAUCUCGGUGCCAGACUUCCGCCGUGUUGUGGACCUGUUCUGCUUCAAGCUGUCUGAGCCUCAGUGGAAACACCUCAAGUCGAGGCUGAGGGUGGUGGACGACAUGGUGGACUACACAUCAUUCCUCAGCCAGUACGGCACAACAGAGCAAGAGGAUCAGGAUCGUUGGUUGGACAUUCUGCAGCAGACCAUGAAGGGCCGACAGGGCACCCAGCUGAUGGCCGUGGACGAGGUGCAAGAAAGGCUCCAGGAGGCUGUCACAGCUCACUACUACAACCUUGAUCGAGACUUUGCAGACAUCGACUAUGCUAGGAUCGGGGUUGUGCCUAAAGCUGACUUCCGGGAAGUGUUACAGAAGCAUGUCUUCAGGCUCACGGAUGAACAGUUUGAGAAGCUAUGGAUUUCUCUGCCUGUCAAUGAGUUCGGCAAUAUUGAUUACAAGGAAUUCAUGCAGCAGUUCUCAGGCAGUGGUGAUGCUCCACCCAUGUCUCAGCCUGCCAAUCAGAUGGUACCGCCUCCAGAAGCAAACCCAUCACAAGCCAUAUUUGGAAACCGACCACAAACGACGGCAUCAGCAAGGGCACCAUCCAGGCUAGAACAGCAACGUCCCGCCACCAUGCAGUCGCGUGCCAUGUCGCGUAUGUCCACACCUCUUGUCAACGCUGACAUGGCGGAGAGGCGCCUCAAGGAGGUCAUCUACCGCAACUGGAAGGAGAUCCAGCGCCAGUGUCGCCAUUAUGAUCCAACCAAUACUGGCACCAUCAACAUCUAUGACUUCAGAGACAUCAUGAGUGCUUUCAGUAUACAAAUGCCACCGGAGGACUUCCGCAGGAUCGUCACCAAGUUUGACCUUCAAGAAAACGGCACAUUCUCUUACGCAGAGUUUCUCCGGCACUUCCUUUUGAAUCUCAAGCAGAGGGAAAACUCCAGUCUUCUGUCACGGCAGAAGAUUCAUCAACCAAAGAUGACAAUCCAGCCAGGUGUUGCAAGUGACAGGUUCUAUGAUGCAAUGAUGCGGCUGCGCAGUUGCGUAACAGACAACUGGAAGGAGAUGAGGCGGACGUUCAGGAAGCUGGAUGAGGGAGCAACGGGAGUGGUUGAUGCUGUAGACUUCAGGCGGGUCCUCCGCCAGUUUAACGUCAAUUUGUCGGAGGAUGAGUUCUUCCAUUUGAUGUCCUACUAUGACAAGAACGUCGGCGGCUGCAUCAGCUACAACGACUUCCUGAGAGCCUACCUCAUGUCCUAGGACAACACGCACAUCAAGCACCAGCAAUACUAGAUCGGUGGAAGUUAAUCAAAAGCAAAAGUAACAUGAUCAUGAUAACAUGAUAACUAAAAAAACCUUUCUCCGUAGAACUAAAAUGUACUGGAAUUCAAUUGACAGACUCAUCCCAUAGCCUUCCUAAAGAUUAAACAACAUUAAACUAAUUCAGAAUUUCAAAUUCAAAUUAAGUGUAUAAUUUUUUUUGUUUUUAAAAAAAAAAAAAA